ACCGGCCUAGGCAGCUGCAAUAGCAGGGGUGGCUCAUGGGGUGAGGCCCAGCCCCCUGCCUCCCCUCCCUUCCCCCAGGUAUAAGAGCUGAGCUCAAGCGAGCUGGUUCCUCCAGUCCAGUGUCAGCAGCUGCCAGCAGAUCAUGAGCCAUCAGCUUCUCUGGGACAGGCCGUAGGACGACAAAACCCUCACCACAGGACCAAGUGCACCAAGUACCAUGGGACAGUGUCGGUCAGCCAAUGCGGAGGAUGCCCAGGAAUUCAGUGACGUGGAGAGGGCCAUUGAGACCCUCAUCAAGAACUUCCAUCAGUAUUCGGUGGAGGGUGGGAAGGAGACGCUGACCCCCUCCGAGCUACGGGACCUGGUCACCCAGCAGCUGCCCCACCUCAUGCCGAGCAACUGUGGGCUGGAAGAGAAAAUCGCCAACUUGGGCAGCUGUAAUGACUCUAAACUGGAGUUCGGGAGUUUCUGGGAGCUGAUUGGAGAAGCAGCCAAGAGUGUGAAGCUGGAGAACCCUGUCCGGGGGAGUUGAAAAGCUUCCCCUGGAAUUGGAGGGGGAUACUGGGGAAAGGGGACUUUAGAGCCUAUGGGCUUGGAAAUAAAACUCCUCCCCACCCCCCUACACUAUUCCCCAGCCCCACCUGCCUCACCUCUGCAAGGUUCAGGUCCAUAAUGGCCCUGCCAGGGGCCUCUAUGCAUUUCAUCCCUGGGAGCUCCCAGGAGCUAAUGGGUCCAGUAGUGCCCUGUCAGAGGAAGGCUCGGGGGGCGAGUUGGGGCCAGGGAUGGAUGUGGAGGGAUGCUGGAGGGUUGAGGAUGGUGUAAGGGCCUGAUCAUUUGGUGAUG